AUGCCACCAAGUUUUCAUAGUAAUUCAUCAAGUUUAAAGAGUGGACAUCAAAAUUCAAAACAUGUGGAUUUUAAAGAAAUGGAUAAUAAUAAUAAUGAUAAUUUAGGAAAUUCAAAUACUCCAAGAUUUGAUAAAUCUAUUCAUGAUGAAGUACCGCAUUUUAAACAACAAUAUGAUGAAAAAUCAAAUAAUUUAAAGAAAAAAUUACAACAACGUGGAAAUAAUAUAAGCACAAAUUUUCUAAAGAAAACAAGAAGCAAAGAUUCUUUAAGAAGUGUUAAUGAUGAUGUUGCAUCUAUAGAAAGUUCAUCAAAACCGCAAAGGAAAACACAAACUUUAUUAAAAAGAACAAUAAGUAGUCUUUCAACAAAUACAUUAUCCUUUGAUAAUGGAUCAAAAGAAAAUUUAAAUAAAUCUAAUAAUGAUUCAAAAAAUAAAGAGAAUAAUAAUAUUAAUAAUAAUACUUGUAAUAAUAAUGAUAAUAGUAGUGGAACAAGUUCAACUGGAAAAUCGUUAUUCCAUGCAUCAAGAGGACCAAAUCAUAAUCAUCAUCAUUUGCAGACAUCUAAUAGUAGUGGCAGUUCGGAAAUUGUUCCACCAAGAAAGACUUCCUUUGCUGGAGCAUUAUUUAAAAGAUUCUCUAGUGCAGGUUCACAUAGUAGCAAUAAUAGCAAUAAUAGUAAUAAAAAUUCAACUUCUUCUAAUUCAUCCAAGCAUUCAAGAAAUACAGCAUCACCCACUACAGAAAUUCCUGAAGUAAAUAGUCCCAUGCCAUCCAUUGCUUCAUCGGCACAAUCAACAGCAACAUCUUCAUUGAGGUCACAAAGGCGAGAUUCUCGAGAUUCAAUAAAUUUAGGACCAUUAAGUCAUCCGAUUGAGAGAGUUCCAAAUGCAAUAAAGAAUAAAGUGGUUGAUGUAGUAUCUAAUAUAGCACAUGAGCCUGAAACUAUGAAACAUGAAUUGUCACAUAGCACAUUAUUUACCAGUGGAGGGAAAGAAUCAUCAUCAAAACAACAGAACGCUAAAUCUCCAUUAUCUAAUAUAGAAACGUCUGAAUCUGGUGUAUCUCCAUCAACAAGUGGUUCAAAACGUAAACCAUCUACUGUAAAUACUCAAGUUCCUAAUCUAUCUUCACAAAGAAGAUCUUCUAUUAUGAGUGGAAUCUCUCCUUCUACAACAAAUAUUAAGUCAUGGACAACGCAAAAGGAAUCUACAACUCCAAAGGAUAUAUUUAUACCGAAGGAAUUAAGAAUGUCUAAAUUAGCUACAGUGAAAAAAGAAGAACCUGUUCAAAAUAUACAAAAUGAAGAUACUAAAGAUGAUAGUAGUUCUAAUGAUAGUAGUUCAAAUAAAGCAACAUUGUUCCCUCUUGAUACAAAUUUGGCAGAUUUAACUGAUAUUACAAAGACUGCACAACCUAAUCAGGGUGAUUAUAGUAUUGAUAGACGUGAUAGUAACGACUAUAUUCCCAAAGAAACUGAAUUAUCUGCAUAUAGUAGUGACAAUAUUAAAGAUUUAAAGAAGUCUGCAAGUGGUACAAGUACAGAUAUGUCCGAGAGAAAUUUUAGACCUUUUGGUAAAAAAUCACAUUCAUUGGCUGAUAUUCAACGUUGGGCAACAAAUUCUUCCGCAAGUUUAUCGCCAUUUGCAUCACAUAAAAAUACCAAUGAAUGGGUAGCUCCCGAAAGUUGGGACGUUGAAUCUGAUUUAGAGAAAGCGAGAGCCAAGAAGAAGGCGAAAGCUAGAGCUAGAAGAAGAAAGAUAAAAGAAAAGAAGAAACAAAUGGCAGAUGACUUACUAACUUUCAAGGUAAACACUAAUAGGCGUAACAAUAAGCAAGUUAGUCAAAUCGAUUCAACCCUGGAAGAAUCCGGUGCAGAAACAACAAACGAAUCAGCGAAUGCAUUAGAAAGAACCAAAUAUAUGCAAAAUGAAUAUGAGUUUUCAGAAACAUCAUCUUCUAACGAUUCGAUUUCUGAUAUAAGCGCUGAUACUCAUUCAUACACAAGUUCUUCCGAAGAAGAUGAAGACUUUUAUGAUAUUCAAACUGAUAGACGUGCUCGUGAGUACACUCCCCAAAAGAGCAAUACAGAUUUAAAUGGAAGAGCAUUUUCCUCCAUUAAUCUGCUGUCAUUAAAUAAACAGGACUUCCCAACAGCUACAAAAAAUGUCGAUGAUGAAAAAUCAGAUAAAGUGGAAUAUGAAUUGGAACGUUAUUAUAAGGAUUUUAGUGAUUUGGAUCCAAAGAGACAUUAUGCAAUUCGUGUAUUCAAUACUGAUGAUACAUUCACAACAUUAUCGUGCACUCCAAGUACUACAGUAGAAGAGAUGAUUCCAACUCUAAAAAAGAAGUUUAAUAUAUCUGUCCCAACAAAUUAUCAAAUAUCUUUGAAAGUUGGUAAACUGUCUAAGAUUUUAAGGCCAUUAUCAAAACCUAUUUUGGUUGAGAGAAAACUUUUAUUGUUGAAUGGUUACAGAAAGUCAGAUCCAUUGCAUAUUAUAGGUGUCGAAGAUUUGAGUUUUGUAUUUAAAUUCUUAUUCCAUCCAGUUACAGCCUCCCACUUUACACCAGAACAAGAAAAAAGAUUACUUAGAAGUGAUUUCGUUCAUGUAGAUUUAAGAAAUAUGAAUUUAACUACGCCUCCUAUUAUAUUCUAUCAGCAUACAGCAGAGAUUGAAAGUUUAGACGUGUCUAAUAACGCUAAUAUUUUUUUGCCAUUGGAAUUUAUUGAGAGUGCAAUUAAAUUAUUAAGUUUAAGAAUAGUUAAUGUGCGAGCUUCAAAGUUUCCUACAAAUAUCACUGAAGCUUAUAAGCUGGUAUCUUUAGAAUUGCAAAGAAAUUUUAUUAAGAAGGUUCCAAGUUCUAUAUCAAAGCUUGGAAAUUUGACCAUUUUAAAUCUUCAAUGUAACGAAUUAGAUAGAUUACCACAGGGGUUUUCCCAAUUGAAAAACUUACAAUUAUUAGAUCUUUCUUCCAAUAGAUUCAGUAGGUAUCCAUCUGUCAUUAAUAGCUGUACCAAUCUGUUACAAAUUGAUCUUUCAUACAAUAAAAUUCAAGUACUCCCUGAAAGUAUUAACCAAUUAGUCAAGGUUGCCAAGAUAAACAUUUCGCAUAAUAAGUUGAAUAGAAUAAGUGAUUUAUCUGGUAUGAAAAAUUUAAGAACAUUGAACCUGAGAUUUAAUAGAAUUACGUCUAUAAAUACGAAUGCAGCCAACUUACAGAAUUUGUAUAUAACCAAUAAUAGAAUCUCGAAAUUUGAAGACGCGGUACCAAAAUUGAGAGCCCUAGAAAUCCAAGAAAAUCCGAUUACAAUUAUAGCGUUUAAGAACUUCUAUCCUGUUAAUAUGACCUCAUUGUCUUUGAAUAACGCCCAGUUAGCUAGUUUACCGGGUAAAUUGUUUACAAGCUUGUCAAGAUUAGAAAAACUGGAGUUGAACGAAAAUAACUUAACAAGACUACCAUCUGAAAUUGGGAUGUUGGAAAAAUUAGUUUAUCUAUCUGUGUCAAGAAAUAAACUUGAAAGUUUACCACUGGAAUUUUGCAACUUGAAGAACUUGAGAUCUCUUGAUUUACAUUCUAAUAACAUCAGAGAUGUCUUUUCAUGCAUGGAAAAUAUCGAAUUGACUACCCUAAAUAUUUCUUCCAACAUGUUUGGUGCUGGAGAAUUAAAUCCUGAUUUUUCACAUAACGUUUUGAGUAGCUCAAAAUUAACCAAAAGUUUGAUGUUUUUCAUUGCUGCAGAUAAUCAGUUUAACGAUGAUAUGUGGUCUUUAUUCAAUUGUUUCGUUAAUCUAAAAUUACUAAAUUUAUCUUAUAAUAAUUUAUCUGAUGUUUCUAACUUAAAACUGGAAAAUUUAACCGAGUUGUACCUCUCAGGUAAUGGUUUACGUACUUUACCUAGUGAUACGGUUAUGAAAUGGAGACAAUUGAAGACAUUGAUGUUAAAUGGUAAUCAGUUGUUAUCUCUUCCUGCUGAACUAUCUCUCUUGAAGCAUCUAAACACACUUGAUGUGGGUUCCAAUCAGCUUAAAUAUAACAUUUCAAAUUUCCACUAUGACUGGAAUUGGAGAGAUAAUAGAGAAUUAAAAUACUUAAACUUUUCUGGUAACAAAAGAUUUGAAAUUAGGUCAUUUUUUAAUUCUGAAUUAAGUGUGGAUAUGUCUGAUUUCACUAUAUUACCUCAGUUGAAAGAGUUGGGGUUAAUGGAUGUUACUAUUAAUACUACUAGAGUUCCUGAUGAAACAAGUAAUUUCCGUCUAAGAACCACAGCUUCUACAAUAAACGGUAUGAAAUAUGGGGUAGCUGAUACUCUGGGUCAACGAGAUUAUGUUUCAUCUAAGGAUGUAACUUUUGAGAGGUUUAGAGGUAAUGAUGACGAGUGUUUGCUGUGCCUACAUGACAUCAAAAACCAAAAUGCUGAUUAUGGACACAAUAUUUCUAGAAUCGUAAGAGACAUUUAUGAUAAGAUCUUGAUCCGCCAACUUGAAAAAUACGGGGAUAAAGAAGAUGAUGAUAUCAGAAAGGCUCUUCGUUUCAGUUUCUUGCAACUUAACAAGGAAAUCAACGGUAUGUUAUCCUCGGUUGAUAGUGGCACAAACGUUGAGAAUUUAACCUCUGCAGAUCUUUUAAGUGGUGCUUGUUGCACUGUCAUCUAUAUCAAAGGUACUAGAUUAUUUUCAGCCAACAUUGGUGACUGUAUGGCAGUCCUUUCUAAGAAUAAUGGUGAUUCCCAACAAUUGACUAAAUUACAUAUUCCAUCUAAAAGAGAAGAAUAUGAAAGAAUUAGAAUAUCUGGAGGGUACGUUAAUAAUGGAAAGUUGGAUGGUGUUGUAGAUGUCUCGAGGGCAGUUGGCUUCUUUGAUUUGUUGCCUCAUAUUCAUGCAUCUCCAGAUAUUUCUGUUGUUAGUUUGACCAAAGCGGAUGAAAUGCUAAUCGUUGCAACACAUAAAUUAUGGGAUUUUAUGAGUUAUGAAGUUGCUUGUGACAUUGCAAGAGAGAAUAUUUCCAAUCCAAUGUUAGCUGCCGAAGAAAUGAAGGAUCAUGCUAUUGCAUAUGGGUGUUCAGAAAACAUUACUAUUUUAUGUCUUGCCCUUUCUGACAGUACCGAACAGCAAAAUCAAUUCACUCUAAACAAAAACUCUUUGAUGACCAGAAGGACCACUUUAGAAGAUACAACUUUGCGGAGGUUACAACCUGAAAUUGCUCCACCAACCGGUAAUCUCGCGGUUGUAUUUACCGAUAUCAAAAGCUCUACCUUUUUGUGGGAAAUGUUCCCAGAUGCUAUGAGAACUGCAAUUAAAACGCAUAAUGAUAUUAUGCGUAGACAAUUACGUAUAUUUGGUGGUUACGAAGUGAAAACUGAAGGUGAUGCAUUUAUGGUUACAUUCCCAACUCCGAUCGGUGCUUUAGUAUGGUGUCUGAGCGUUCAAUUAAAAUUAUUAGAUGCGCAAUGGCCAGAAGAAAUUACUUCCAUUCAAGAGGGUGGUUUACUGAAAGAUGAAAAUGGUGUUAAAAUAUACCAAGGUCUUUCUGUCCGUAUGGGUAUACAUUGGGGUGCACCAGUUCUAGAACUAGAUUUAGUUACUCAAAGAAUGGAUUAUUUAGGUCCUGUAGUUAACAAAGCUUCAAGAGUGUCAGGUAUUGCAGAUGGUGGCCAAAUAACUUUGAGUAGUGAUUUUGUUUCUGAAUUUAAUAAGAUUAUCAAAUAUCAUCAAAAUGUAAGAACUGGUAAGAAAACAUUAGUUGAUGCCUAUGGGGAAGAAAUUAUCGGUGAAGUCUUGGAGAAGGAAAUAACAAUUUUGGAAAAUAUAGGUUGGGAAUUCUUUGAUCUCGGAGAGAAAAAAUUGAAAGGUUUAGAAACAAAGGAGUUUAUUACUAUUGCUUAUCCAAAGAUUUUAACAUCAAGACAUGAAUUUGUCACCGAAGAAGAUGAAUUUAAAACUAUCGAUCAAGAUCUGUUGUUUAGGCUAAGAACUGCUUCAAACAAACUAGAAACUAUAUUAUCAAUAGUUAGUGGAGGUCAUUCCGAAAAUGAUAAUAAACGUCAAAAUUCUAAUUUUAUAAUGUUAGACCACAAAUCGCAGGAUUCAAUUAUGAGCACUAUAAAUGAAAAGGAUAUUGCAUCGUUUUUCGAUCAUCUGAUAACAAGAGUUGAAGCAGUAGUUGCAAUCUUACAAUUACGCCAAAAAGUAUCUAAAGGUUUGACCAUACAUACUAGUAAUGAAAGAAAUGCUCCACCGAUGAGUGUAUUCGAUCUUGUUGAUAAGUUAUUAGCUGACCAUGAAGCUAUGAUGAAGUCUACAUCUGAAAAUAAAUAG